GGUUAGUACAUAUGCCGCUUCCGUUUCCUUGGAGUACGAUGACCCGGCAUCUCCAAACCCGCUGAAUCAAGCCUGAAAAAUUGGGUAGAAAAGCUCCUUCCCCUGACCACCAGCUCUUCACUAAACAACUCCUCUCCAUCCUCCUUCUAUAUAGACAAUAGAGAGAGAAAAGCAUGGCUAGAGGGAAGAUCCAGAUCAAGAGGAUAGAGAACCAGACAAACAGGCAGGUGACCUACUCCAAGAGAAGGAAUGGUCUUUUCAAGAAAGCUCAUGAGCUCACUGUCCUCUGCGAUGCUAAGGUUUCCAUCAUCAUGAUUUCCAUGUCCGGAAAGCUCCAUGAAUACAUCAGCCCGUCUCUCUGUACGAAGCAGUUGUUUGACCAGUACCAGAAGACCCUCGGUAUCGAUAUUUGGUGCUCCCACUAUGAGAAAAUGCAAGAUCAGUUGAAGAAACUCAGAGAUGUUAACCGGGCUCUUCGAAGAGAGAUAAGGCAGAGGAUGGGUGAGAAUCUGAACGAUCUGAGCCUUGAACAGUUGACAGAGCUGAUAGAAGACGUGGAUGGUUCUCUCAAGCUCAUCCGUGACAGAAAGUAUAAGGUGAUUUCCAACCAGAUUGAGACUCACAAGAAGAAGGUGAGGAAUGUGGAAGAAAUCCAUAGAAACCUGAGACUGGAAUGUGAGGCAAGACAGGAAGAGCCAUACGGGCUGGUUGACCAUGAAGGGGGCGAUUACAAUUCUGUUCUUGGAUUUCCAAAUGGAGGGGCCCGCAUUCUAGCUUUGCGCUUUGACCCCCACCAUCACCAUGGCCACCUCCACAGCGGAGGGGGAUCUGAUCUCACUACGUUUACUUUACUCGAGUAAGAGUAGUACGUGUGCUGCCGAGUGUCUGUCUAAUUGGCUGGUAAAUAAAUUUAGUGUUGUAACAUUUUCGUACAUGUGUCGCUGAGUGUGUCAAAUUAGCUGGUAAAUAAACUUGGUGUUGUAAUAUAUUCCCUAAAUUGAACAUGUUUUAAUCAAUUGAUGCUUGGAUCUGACAUGUAUUUUAUCAUUGUAUGAACUAUGAAGUGUAUGAAUCCGAAUGAUGACGUGUAGAUAUCGGUGCACACUUCAUUUACUUUUAAACUUACUGGUCUUUUUUCCAGUUAUUCUAAGUGGUAAUCCUAUAGUUGCAGAACUCGGAAUAGUGAC